AUGGCUGCUCGAGACGAAAAAAAUGACGGCGAGAUGACUGCCAUGGAGGAGAGGGAGGUUGUUGUGGACUGGGAGGAGGCCGAGGAGCGCAAGCUGGUACUCAAAGUCGACUUAUACCUCCUGCCGCUGCUCCUCCUCGCCUUCUUCUUCCUCUGCCUGGACCGCACCAACAUCAGCAACGCACUGACGGACAACUUCACCACUGAUUUGGGCAUUACCACCGCGCAGGCGACGCUGGGCAACCAGCUGCAGCAGGCGGGGAUUGUCAUCUUCGAACUGCCGGCGAACCUGGUCCUCGCCCGCGUGGGCGCCCACCGCUGGCUUGUCUUCCUCAUGCUGGCCUGGGGCUGCGUCGCGACCUUCCAAUGCUUCAUCCAGAACCGCGCGCAGUACUAUGCCACCCGGUUUCUGCUGGGCGCCUUUGAAGGCGGCUUCAUCCCUGGCGCCAUGUACCUGCUGGGCCAGUAUCACCCACGGUCGGCGCAGUCCACCCGUUUUGCCAUUGCCUCGGGCACCAGCGCGCUGAUUGCCGCCGGGGUGCUGACCCUCGACGGGGUGCGUGGCUGGUCUGGCUGGCGCUGGCUCUUCUUGAUCGACGGCUCCAUGACGCUGGCUUUUGCCUUGAUCUUACUCGCGCUGCUUCCCGGAGCCCCCCCUGACACCCGGCCUGUCCACGGUCUUUUCAGCCUGUUUGACGAGCGAGAACGUCACAUCCUGCAGUCGCGGGUGCAGCUGGAAAACCCGCCACGGAUGGAAAAUCCCUCGAUGCAUUUUGCCAUCAACUUCUUCGGGGUGAUGCCCGCCGGUGGGUUGGUGCUCUUUGGUCCGACCAUCGUUAAGGAGCUGGGCUUCAGCACUAGCAAAGCCAACGCCCUCGUUGCUGUCGGAUACUACGCCGCCGUCCCAUUGGCCCUGUCGCUGGGCUUCUUCGCCAGCCGCACCCGCCUCAACGGGAUCGCCUCCCUGAUCCCAUUUGCCUGGUCGUGUUUCUUUGUUGGACUUUUCUACCAUUUCGACAUCACCCGCUCGUCAUCAACUUCAGAUUCCGGCACCCUCUACGCCCUCUUCACCCUCGUUCUGGCCGCCAUGCUGAUCGGUCAACCCGUGAAUAAUGCCUGGUGCAGUAAGAACGCCACCAACGAUCUCGAACGCAGCGCAGGGCUCGCCCUGUGCGUCAUCAGUAGCAACCUGGCCGGCCUCGUCGGCCAACGCAUCUUUCCCGCCAGCGAUGCGCCCGAGUAUCGCCCGGGUCUGGUUGCUGCCAUCUGUCUUUACGUAGCUGCCAUCUUGGUUGUCCUGGCGCAGAUGGUGCAAUAUGCUUGGUGCAACCGUCGGGCAUCCAAUGCCCUGGCUCAAUGGCAGUUUGUUUUGUAA